AUGUAUCACCACGAGUACGAGAAGCGUUUGUUGAAGCCAACGGACAUCAGCAAUCACCAGAACACCAACGUGAUCAACAACGCUCAGAAGAAGCCCUCGAUCAUCACCUCCAACAGCAUUAACAUGUCCCCGUCCUCUACUUAUAUUUCGCCGUCAAAGUCCACCACCAGCUAUGAUCGUUUCAUUCCAAUGCGUUCAGGUAACAACUGGCAUACGACCUUCUCAAUGAUAUCCGAGUCCUCCCGAAACAGCUUGAUCAACAAGAAAAGUACACGAGAAAACGGGGAAGGAAACCGUGAUGGCAUAGCGUACUCAUCUCUUUUAAAAAACGAGCUCCUUGGAGCGAGUAUCGAAGACGUCAAAAACCAAACAGAGGAGCGAGGAAACUACUCCUCUUCAAUCCUCCAGGGCAAGAACCUCUUUAAGUACUCAACGCCUACAAAAGAACGUACCCUGGACAGCAGUUCACCGUACUCACUCUCCCCCUUGAGCGCAAAGAGCCAAAAAUUGCUUCGGUCCCCCCGCAAGACCACCAGAAAAAUCUCCCGGAUCCCCUUCAAGGUUCUUGACGCUCCGGAGUUACAGGACGACUUCUACCUGAACCUGGUCGACUGGUCCUCGCAAAAUGUGCUAAGUGUCGGUCUAGGAAGUUGCGUUUACCUCUGGUCAGCCUGCACUAGCCAAGUGACCCGGCUCUGCGACCUGUCCGGAGAUGGAAACAGCGUCACCUCAGUCGCCUGGAACGAAAGAGGAAACUUAGUGGCAGUAGGGACCAACAGUGGGUACAUCCAGGUCUGGGACGUCGCUGUCAACAAGCAGGUAGCUAAACUCCAAGGACACAGCGCUCGGGUGGGAGCUCUGGCCUGGAAUGGUGAAAUUCUCUCUUCUGGAAGUCGCGAUAGAUUAAUUUUGCAGCGAGACGUCAGGACUCCUUGUGUUGUAAGCGAACGAAGACUGGGAGCUCAUCGCCAGGAGGUCUGUGGCCUGAAGUGGUCCCCAGACAACCAGUACUUGGCCUCCGGGGGUAACGACAACAGACUCUACGUUUGGAAUCUUCAUUCUCUGACUCCGGUUCAAACUUACACAGAACACCUGGCCGCGGUGAAGGCCAUCGCCUGGUCUCCGCACCAUCACGGGCUCCUGGCUUCCGGGGGAGGAACUGCUGACAGAUGCAUCAGGUUCUGGAACACAUUGACUGGCCAGCCGAUGCAGUGUGUGGACACUGGUAGCCAGGUCUGCAAUCUAGCCUGGAGUAAACACAGCUCCGAGCUGGUCAGCACUCACGGGUACUCACAGAAUCAGAUACUCGUGUGGAAGUACCCCAGCUUGACUCAGGUCGCCAAACUCACUGGACACUCCUACCGUGUGCUUUACUUGGCGAUGAGUCCCGAUGGAGAAGCUAUUGUUACUGGGGCUGGAGACGAGACUCUCAGAUUCUGGAAUGUCUUCAGCAAAGCUAGAAGUCAGAAGGAAAAUAAAUCCGGGCUUAAUUUGUUUACUAGUAUCCGAUAG